AUGAUCAUUUUAUGGUUAUUUCAUUUUGCACUUUUGAUCUUAGAUCACUUUGUCUUUCAAAAAAUUGCCAAUCUGACUAUAAGAGGUAAAGGAUAUUAUAUUAUUUUGCAAUCAUUUGCAGCAAACUCAAUUUUAUUUUUAUUAGGGAAAUACCUAGAUGAUAAUGCUGAUCUUUUAUUUGAGCUUGCGAGUAAAUUUUCUGCACAUUUGUAUGAGUUGGCUAGCUUUUAUGUGAAUAAUGCUUUGAUAUGAAAUGAAAUAUGAUUUUAUGUUUCAGGAAGUCUUUGUUUUAUUAUGAGUGAAAAGCAUUUGAAUUUUCAAUAUAGCUGAAUUGCAGCAAUGAUCGGAAUAUCAAAUACUGCCAGUUUCUUUUUUAUUGAGAGUAGCUGCUAUAUAUUAUUAUAUGCAGCUACAUUAGGAGUUUUUAUAAUAAAUAAAUGAAGAUAUGAGUAUGACUUUAAGGAAAUUUGCUUCUAUGACUAUUUGAUAGUCUUCCACACACUUUUGUUACUUAUUGGAAGCUAUUUUGCUUUAAAGUUUGCCUUAAAAGAGUAUGUAUAUAUAGAAAUUGGAACAGAAAUUAUGAGCGUCCUUAAUAUAAUAGCUCAAAUAUAUUGGAUAAAUUUUAUAGGAUUUUAUUUAUGGAAGAUUCUUCGUGCUGUAAUGAAAUAUGAAAUGUAUUUAGGGAUAAUUCUUAUAUUUUGACUCCACGUGAUAUGCGGAAUCAUAACAUUUGGUGAUGUUCUCCAUCGAAAAGCUGUAUCCUUCAAAGAAAGAAACAAUAAAAGUGAGUUAAAGAAAAAUAAAGAUAUCUUCAAAAUCAUCUGACUUUAUUUUUUAAUGCUUAUUGUUCUUGCCACAAUUCCUAUUUCAAAGUUCAUAACUAUACUCAUUAUAGGGUCUACGAAUUUCAUAUUAGACAAUUUAUUUUAUUUUUUAUGAGUUUGGCAAAUAGGAUUUAUACUGGAAUUUCCAGACUCUAAUAUGGACCAGUUCCCAGAAUGUUUUUUUAAAAAUAUUUAUGGCAUAAUGGUUUAUGGGGUUUUAGGGAUGAAAGUAUUGGGCAUGCUUUUCGAUUAG